ACCGGUGCUAGUUCGUGGCGGAGUAGGUACAUGCCGAUAUUCUCAGCACCAUCUCACGUGUACGGUGUGCAACCGCAGAUAAUAAUUCUUCGAAGGACUCGACGGCGACGAGGACGAGUGUGAUUUUCGACGCAGAGACCGGCCAGCCAGUGCCGAGUUGUGUCGCAUAAUCGUUGUCGCGAGAAGGACUUCGCCAAGUCGUCCUCUGGGUCACAUCCGCAUCGAAAACAACCCCACUUCGCCUUUGCAAACUACCAAACUACGAUCCCCAUAACAAUCACCCAUCAUCACCUCGUGGCGUGAGCGACGCGCCGGUGACCGCCAUCAUGAACAACGACGAAGAUGCCCUCACCUCGGUCUACAAGAAGAUCGAGCGCGAGAGGGCUUUGCUCAAUGCCGCAAAUUCGAUGCGGCAGCAGACACAGAAUGAGCAGGUGCGGUCGAGGAUAGACCUCCAGAUCCGCGAGGGUCGUCGAAACAUUCAGUAUCUCGAAGAGCGUCUGCAGGAGCUGCAGAUGCGGAGGAUGGGUCAAGGCAUGAACGACAUGAAUCUAGGAUCGAGCGGGGCUCCAGGCAGGCCGCAGAGUGCUGGCAUUCCACCUACCCCGCCACCAAAAGAUUCCAGAGGAGGUUAUAUGGAUGCCGGCUCUGACCGUGGGGGAUAUGGAACUCAAGAAUACAGUGAAAUCGGUGGCCAUGGUACUAUGAUGCCCCCCAGACACCCCUAUGCACCACCGGGCCCUGAACAAGGCAUGCCAAAAUCACGACCAAAUUAUACGAAGCUUGACCUCAUCAAAUAUGAUACCCCUCAUCUUGGACCCCGCAUUCAGCUCAUGCUCUCGCAGUUGGAGUUUAAGCUGAAUGUGGAGAAGCAGUACCUGAAGGGUAUCGAAAAGAUGGUUCAGCUAUAUCAAAUGGAGGGUGACCGAAAGAGCCGUGCAGAUGCCGCUGGACGCAGAGUCGAAAGCACGCAGAAGAUCCAGCUUUUGAAACAGGCACUGAAGAGAUACGAAGAUCUACACAUUGAUAUGGAAAGUAAUGCAGAUGCACCAGAUGAUGAUAGUAUCAAUACGCCCAACAUGCGGAAACCCCUCACUGGUGUUCUGUCCGUUCGAGUACAUGCUGUUCGAGACGUGGACCACGCAGCGACAAGUCGAUUUUCACGCGCACCGGACACCUUUGUGGCUAUCAAAGUCGAAGACAAUGUGGUAGCAAAAACUCGAGCUACACGGACGGACAAAUGGGAGAGCGAAUAUCACAAUCUAACAGUAGAGAAGGCAAACGAGGUUGAACUUACUGUCUAUGACAAACUUUCAGACCACGCAGCUCCCAUUGGCCUAUUGUGGAUCCGUAUUUCUGAUAUUGUGGAAGAGAUGAGACGAAAAAAGAUCGAGGCCGAAAUCAACAGCUCGGGAUGGGUUUCUGCAGAUCGUAUGGCAAAUGGCAACAUGCCUGCUGCACCUCCACCACAAUUCAACAUGAACCCGACCCAAUCUCAAUUUGGAGGACCUCCUGGAAGUGCUGGCACGGGAGCACAACCCGGAGGAGCUAUGCCUGGGGCAGGUAUGAACAACCCACCACAACCAAUUGAUGCUUGGUUCGCCCUCGAGCCUUCUGGCGCGAUACACUUGACUAUCAGCUUUUCGAAACAACAAGGUGGAGGAGGAAAGCAUUACGACCCUACGGGCCUUGGGCGAAAAGGUGCUGUCCGGCAACGGAAGGAAGAAGUUCACGAGAUGUAUGGUCACAAAUUCGUCCAACAGCAAUUCUACAACAUCAUGCGAUGUGCGUUGUGCGGCGACUUUCUCAAGUACUCGGCCGGUAUGCAGUGCGAAGACUGCAAAUAUACUUGCCACACAAAGUGUUAUCCAAGUGUGGUAACCAAGUGUAUCAGCAAGUCAAACGCAGAGACAGAUCCGGACGAGGAAAAGAUCAAUCAUCGUAUUCCACAUCGGUUCGAGAAGUUCUCGAAUAUGAGCGCGAACUGGUGUUGCCACUGCGGUUAUAUCCUACCUUUUGGAAAGAAGAAUUGCAGAAAGUGCUCAGAAUGUGGUCUCACCUGUCAUUCUUCGUGUGUGCACCUUGUGCCAGAUUUCUGUGGCAUGUCUAUGGCCGUAGCAAAUCAGAUUCUAGACGGCAUUCGAACCCAGAAGCGUCGCCAAACUUCACAAACGACCAUGACUGGACGUACCUUGCGACCACAGUCCAAGGCUUCAACACCAUCCGAGUCCACUACUCCUACAUCAGCUUAUGGUCCAGAUCCAAGUAGACCUCCUAGGACUCAGUCUUAUGGAGGUCCCUCGUCUAUGGAGGCAACCGAGGCUGCCAAGACAAUGUAUUCUCAAGGUCAAAUGUCACCCCAGAGCCAAAGACCUCAGGGCCCGGACCGAACAGCGUCGUCUUCGGCUGCAGCGGCUGCAAUGGCUGCAAUGAGUGGACCAAGAAGCCCGACGCAAAGAGAUCCGAGAGACCCAUAUCAGAGAGCAUCCGCAGACUAUCCCAGUGGUCGUGUGCCUGCUAAUUCUGGUUAUGGAGCUCCACAGCAUGAUAACCACUCUCCAGAUGUGCCUUACGGUUCACCACCCAAGCCACAGAUGCCAACGCAACCAGCCUACAACCCGGCAGCAUAUGCACAAGUCAACAGCGGCUACCAACAGCAGCCUAUGUCAACACCUCAAGUGCAGCCGGCCCAAAUAUCUCCGACAGCAGCCACUUAUAGUUCCUCCGUUCCAUCUGCCCCAACUAUUGCGCCAGAGCCGGCAGCACCAUCUGCAGCUGUGAUUGCUCGCAAGGCUGCACCACCUGCAGACACGCCGGGCACAGGUAAGCGGAUUGGUUUGGAUCACUUUAACUUCUUGGCUGUUCUAGGGAAAGGCAACUUCGGCAAGGUCAUGCUUGCAGAAACAAAGGCAUCAAAGCAACUGUAUGCCAUCAAGGUGCUAAAGAAAGAGUUCAUCAUAGAGAACGAUGAAGUCGAGAGCACUCGGUCAGAGAAGAGAGUUUUCCUUAUUGCGAACAAGGAGCGGCACCCGUUCCUUUUGAGUCUUCAUGCAUGUUUCCAGACGGAGACAAGAGUCUAUUUCGUUAUGGAAUACAUCAGUGGAGGAGAUCUUAUGUUACACAUUCAGCGUGGUCAAUUUGGCACGAAGCGUGCUCAAUUCUAUGCGGCGGAAGUCUGCUUAGCUUUGAAGUAUUUCCAUGAAAAUGGCGUUAUCUAUCGUGAUCUGAAGCUUGACAACAUUUUGUUGACGCUAGAUGGUCACAUUAAGAUCGGUGAUUAUGGUCUUUGCAAAGAAGACAUGUGGUAUGGGUCUACCACAAGUACGUUCUGUGGUACUCCUGAAUUCAUGGCUCCCGAGAUCUUGCUGGACAAGAAGUAUGGCAGAGCUGUUGAUUGGUGGGCAUUUGGUGUCCUAAUCUACCAAAUGCUUCUACAACAAUCACCGUUCAGAGGUGAAGACGAGGACGAGAUUUACGACGCUAUUCUUGCCGAUGAGCCACUAUACCCAAUACACAUGCCUCGCGACUCGGUUUCGAUAUUGCAAAAGCUGUUGACAAGAGAACCUGACCAACGUUUAGGAAGUGGCCCAACUGAUGCGCAGGAAAUCAUGAGCCAGCCUUUCUUUAGAAAUAUCAACUGGGAUAUGGUCUAUAGGAAAGAAUACCCCCCACCAUUCCAGCCGCAAAUAUCUAGCGCAACCGAUACCAGUAAUUUCGACUCCGAAUUCACAAGCGUUACACCCGUGCUGACUCCUGUACAAUCUGGUAAGCAAAUAUUCGCGGUCACAUAACAGCUCGUUACUGAUUCAUUUCUAUAGUCUUAUCGCAAGCCAUGCAAGAAGAGUUCCGCGGCUUCUCCUACUCAGCUGAUUUCAUUUGAGCGGUUCUGUCCCAUCAUCUGCCCAGAUACGUCUGGUCAAAAGCAUUCGCUGCAUGGUACAGGAGUCUUGAUUGCUACUUUUCACGCGAAUGUAGAGUAAAGAAGUGGGGAUUACCAUGGCAAUGAAGAUAACGAAGACGCGGAUGACUGCUCAUUACACACCGGGGAGGCUCAAAAGUCAUGAUUCUCAUUCACUUCUAG